GGACAUGCGGCUCUGGAGUUGGGUGCUGCGCCUGGGGCUGCUGAGCGCCGCGCUGGGCUGCGGGCUGGCCGAGCGCCCCCGCCGGGCCCGGAGAGACCCUCGGGCAGUGCGUCCCCCGCGCCCCGCCGCUGGACCGGCCACCUGCGCCACCCGGGCGGCCCGCGGUCGCCGCGCCUCGCCGCCGCCGCCUCCGGGCGGUGCCUGGGAAGCCGUGCGCGUCCCCCGGCGGCGGCAGCAGCGGGCGGCGAGGGGCUCCGAAGAGCCGAGCCCGCCGAACCGGGCGCUCUAUUUCAGCGGGCGAGGGGAGCAGCUGCGCCUCCGGGCCGACCUGGAGCUACCCCGCGACGCCUUCACGCUGCAAGUGUGGCUGAGAGCCGAGGGCGGCCAGAAGUCUCCAGCGGUGAUCACAGGGCUGUAUGACAAAUGUUCUUAUACCUCACGUGACCGAGGAUGGGUCAUUGGCAUUCAUACCAUCAGUGAUCAAGGCAACAGAGAUCCACGCUACUUUUUCUCCUUGAAGACAGACCGGGCCAGGAAAGUGACCACCAUUGAUGCCCAUCGCAGCUACCUCCCAGGUCAGUGGGUACACCUAGCUGCUACCUAUGAUGGGCGGCUGAUGAAGCUCUAUAUGAAUGGUGCCCAGGUGGCAACCUCGGCUGAGCAAGUAGGUGGCAUAUUCAGCCCACUGACCCAGAAGUGUAAAGUGCUCAUGUUGGGGGGUAGUGCUCUGAAUCACAACUUCCGGGGCCACAUUGAACACUUCAGUCUAUGGAAAGUAGCCAGAACCCAGCGAGAAAUUGUAUCCGACAUGGAAACCCAUGGCCUACACACCCCUCUACCUCAGCUCCUCCUCCAGGAGAACUGGGACAAUGUGAAGCGCACUUGGUCCCCCAUGAGGGAUGGCAACAGCCCCCAGGUGGAAUUCAGCAAUGCCCACGGAUUUCUGUUGGACACUAAUUUGGAGCCCCCUCUUUGUGGGCAGACACUGUGUGACAACACAGAAGUCAUCUCCAGUUAUAAUCAGCUCCCAAGUUUCCGGCAGCCUAAGGUGGUGCGCUAUCGUGUGGUCAACAUCUAUGAUGAUCACCAUGAAAACCCGACAGUGAGCUGGCAGCAGAUUGACUUUCAGCACCAACAGCUGGCAGAGGCUUUCCAGCACUACAACAUCUCCUGGGAGCUGGAGGUACUGGAUGUGAACAGUUCCUCUUUGCGCCACCGCCUCAUCCUAGCCAACUGUGACAUCAGCAAGAUUGGGGAUGAAAAAUGCGAUCCUGAAUGUAACCAUACACUGACUGGUCAUGAUGGUGGAGACUGCCGCCAGUUGCGCUACCCUGCGUUCAUGAAGAAGCAGCAGAAUGGUGUGUGUGACAUGGACUGCAACUACGAAAGGUUUAAUUUUGAUGGCGGAGAGUGCUGUGACCCAGACAUCACUGAUGUCACUAAGACAUGCUUUGAUCCUGACUCUCCACACAGAGCCUACUUGGAUGUUAAUGAGCUAAAGAACAUUCUUAGACUGGACGGAUCAACACAUCUCAAUAUUUUCUUUGCAAACUCUUCAGAGGAGGAGUUGGCAGGAGUGGCAACUUGGCCUUGGGACAAGGAGGCCCUAAUGCACUUGGGCGGUAUUGUCUUGAACCCAUCUUUCUAUGGUAUUCCUGGACACACGCACACCAUGAUCCAUGAGAUUGGGCACAGCCUGGGCCUCUAUCACAUCUUCCGUGGCAUCUCAGAAAUCCAGUCCUGCAGUGAUCCCUGCAUGGAGACAGAGCCCUCAUUUGAAACUGGAGACCUCUGCAAUGACACCAACCCAGCCCCCAAACACAAGUUUUGUGGAGACCCUGGACCAGGGAAUGACACUUGUGGCUUUCAUGGCUUCUUCAACACUCCUUACAACAACUUCAUGAGCUACGCAGAUGACGACUGUACAGACUCUUUCACUCCCAAUCAAGUCUCCAGAAUGCACUGUUACCUGGACCUCGUAUACCAAAGCUGGCAGCCCUCCAGAAAGCCAGCACCUGUAGCUCUUGCACCCCAGGUUGUGGGGCACACAGUGGAGUCUGUGAUGCUAGAGUGGUUCCCGCCCAUUGAUGGCCACUUCUUUGAAAGAGAAUUGGGAUCAGCAUGUGACCUUUGCCUAGAAGGGAGAAUCCUGGUGCAAUAUGCUUUCAAUGCCUCCUCCCCCAUGCCAUGUGGACCAUCAGGACACUGGAGUCCUCGGGAAGCAGAAGGUCACCCAGAUGUUGAACAGCCCUGUAAAUCCAGUGUCCGAACCUGGAGUCCAAAUUCAGCUGUCAAUCCACACACAGUUCCUCCAGCCUGUCCUGAGCCACAAGGCUGCUACCUCGAGCUGGAAUUCCGCUACCCCUUGGUCCCUGAGUCUCUGACCAUCUGGGUAACCUUUGUCUCCAGUGACUGGGACUCUAGUGGAGCUGUCAAUGACAUCAAACUCUUGACUGUCAGUGGAAAGAACAUCUCUUUGGGUCCUCAAAAUGUUUUCUGUGAUAUCCCACUUACCAUCAGACUCCAGAAUGUGGGUGAGGAGGUAUAUGGCAUUCAAAUCUAUACUCUUGAUGAGCACCUGGAGAUUGAUGCAGCCAUGCUGACCUCCACUGUAGACAGCCCACUUUGCCUACAGUGUAAACCCCUGCAGUAUAAAGUGCUUCGAGACCCACCUCUGCUGGAAGAUGUAGCCUCAUUACUCCACCUCAGCAGAAGAUUCAUCGACAUGGAUCUGAAACUUGGCAGUGUCUACCAGUACCGGAUUAUCACCAUUUCAGGAACUGAAGAGAGUGAUCCAUCACCUGCUGUCAUAUACACCCACGGAAGUGGGUACUGUGGUGAUGGCAUUAUCCAAAAAGACCAAGGAGAAGAAUGUGACGACAUGAAUAAAGCCAAUGGGGAUGGCUGCUCCCUUUUCUGUAAGCAAGAAGUUUCCUUCAACUGCGUUGAUGAACCCAGCCGGUGCUAUUUCCAUGAUGGGGAUGGGAUGUGUGAAGAGUUUGAACAAAAAACUAGCAUUAAAGACUGUGGUGUCUACACGCCCCAGGGUUUCCUGGAUCAGUGGGCAUCCAAUGCUUCAGUAUCCCAUCAAGACCAGCAGUGCCCAGGCUGGGUUGUCAUUGGGCAGCCGGCGGCAUCUCAGGUGUGUCGAACCAAGGUGAUAGAUCUCAGUGAAGGCAUUUCCCAGUAUGCUUGGUAUCCUUGCACCAUUAAUUACCCAUACUACCAGAUGCCUCAGACCACGUUCUGGCUCCAGACUUAUUUCUCUCAGCCAAUGGUUGCUGCAGCUGUUAUUAUUCACCUGGUAACUGAUGGGACAUACUAUGGGGACCAAAAGCAAGAGACCAUCAGUGUGCAGUUGCUUGAUACCAAAGAUCAAAGCCACGAUCUAGGCCUCCAUGUCUUGAGCUGCAGGAACAAUCCCCUGAUUAUCCCUGUGGUCCAUGACCUCAGCCAGCCCUUCUACCACAGCCAGGCGGUACAUGUGAGCUUCAGUUCGCCCCUGGUUGCCAUCUCGGGGGUGGCCCUCCGCUCCUUCGACAACUUUGACCCUGUCACCCUGAGCAGCUGCCAGAGAGGAGAGACCUACAGCCCUGCUGAGCAGAGCUGUGUGCAUUUUGCCUGUGAAGCCUCGGACUGCCCAGAACUGGCUGUGGAGAAUGCUUCUCUCAACUGUUCCAGCAGCCACCGCUUCCAUGGUGCCCAGUGCACUGUGAGCUGCCAGACAGGUUAUGUGCUUCAGAUACAGCGGGAUGAUGAGCUAAUCAAGAGCCAGGUAGGACCAAGCAUCACAGUGACAUGUACAGAGGGCAAGUGGAACAAGCAGGUGGCAUGUGAGCCAGUGGACUGUGGUAUCCCAGAUCACCAUCAUGUCUAUGCUGCCUCCUUCUCCUGUCCAGAGGGUACCACCUUUGGUAGAAGAUGUUCUUUUCAGUGUCGCCACCCUGCCCAGCUGAAAGGCAACAACAGCUUUCUGACCUGUAUGGAAGAUGGACUGUGGUCCUUCCCAGAGGCCCUGUGUGAGCUCAUGUGCCUCGCCCCACCCCCAGUUCCCAAUGCGGACCUACAGACAGCCCGGUGUCGAGAGAACAAGCAUAAGGUGGGCUCCUUCUGCAAGUACAAGUGCAAACCUGGAUACCAUGUGCCUGGCUCAUCUCGGAAGUCCAAGAAACGGGCCUUUAAGACUCAAUGCACUCAAGAUGGCAGCUGGCAAGAGGGAACUUGUGUGCCAGUGACUUGUGAUCCACCUCCACCCAAAUUCCAUGGACUCUACCAAUGCACUAAUGGCUUCCAGUUCAAUAGUGAGUGUAGGAUCAAGUGUGAAGACAGUGAUGCCUCCCAGGGUCGUGGGAGCAACAUCAUUCACUGCAGGAAAGAUGGCACUUGGAGUGGUUCCUUCCAUGUCUGCCGAGAGAUGCAAGGCCAGUGCUCAGCCCCAAACCAACUCAACAGUAACCUCAAAUUGCAGUGUCCUGAUGGCUAUGCCAUAGGGUCAGAGUGUGCCACCUCGUGCCUGGACCACAACAGCGAGUCCAUCAUCCUGCCAGUUAACUUGACAGUGCGUGACAUUCCCCAUUGGAUGAACCCCACACGAGUACAGAGAAUUGUCUGCACUGCUGGUCUCCAGUGGUAUCCCCACCCCGCUCUGAUCCACUGUGUCAAAGGCUGUGAGCCAUUCAUGGGAGACAAUUACUGUGAUGCCAUCAACAAUCGAGCCUUCUGCAACUAUGAUGGUGGGGAUUGCUGCACCUCCACAGUAAAGACCAAAAAGGUCACUCCCUUUCCUAUGUCCUGUGACCUACAAAAUGACUGUGCCUGUCGGGACCCUGAGGCCCAAGAACACAGCCGGAAAGACCUUCGGGGAUAUAGCCAUGGCUAAAGAAAGACAGGUGUCAAAGAUUUCCCAACACCAGAACCCACAUCCCUCUGGUAUUGAUUUCACAGUCUGCUGCUCAAUGAAAUGGCCUCUCCACACCAGGGAUCCUUAGCACCCAACCGGUCUGCCUUUAAUUUCACCCAGGAAGGACCAACUGUGGGGCAAUGAACUGAAUCUCACCAUGUUGAAUGAUGGAGUGGAAUACUAUCCUGUAGUCUAAGGUGGAUUGCACACACGGCAUGUAGUCCCAGAGCCUCUGAAAGUUCUUUCCAUUGCUCACAUGACCAUAGCCCAAAACAACAACAAAAUUGUGUGUGUAUCAAGGAAUAUGCACAUCUGUGGCUAGUUUGCAGGCACGCAUGCACACCCAUGCUAAUGUCUGUGUGAGGGCAGUUUUGGAAACUGAGCAGAAAACAACUGAAAAAAAAAAAAAGAACAAAAUCCAAAAAAUUCAAUCUUUCAUUUCCCAAGCUCCCAGCGAACACUGUCCUUGGGAGAAGUGGGUUAUAAAAACUAAGACCAAGUACUGAAAAGCCAAUACAGCUCAGUGAGGCUCAGAAUGUGUAGUAACUUACAUCAUUGUGUAGUGCGCUGGGACUGGAAGUGAAAUGAUUGUAAUCACCAACCUUCUAGGGAACUAGGGCUUCCUAAAUGGAAAAUAUUCCAAGGUGUGCAAAGCUCCCCAUUUAUUUUUGCUGCCAUGGGGGUUUUGUUCCCACACCAGGGUGCAAGGCUGAGCUGGAAAUGGCUUAGGACUGCAGAAUUAAGGCAUUCUAUCAGCUCCCUGCUUGAGGCUUGAGGUCUUCAUUCCCCUUCCAAAUUCCACCCAUUUUUCCAGAUCUUACCUUGAGACCACAUUUGCUGCUACUCUUCCUGCUGCUCUAUCCAAUACAUUGAGUGCCCUAAGAUGGUAGAACUAGGUUAGAACAAACUCCAUAUAACCAAGUAGACUUCCUCAAAAGUGAUUCAUAUUUUCCCACAGUUCCUCACUUCUUAGCCCAUCUAUAAGAAAGAAAAAAAAGGCCUUUAUGGGCUUAAGUCUUUCAUGAGUAGACUUCUCAUUCUGGGAAAGAGGUGAGGGAUGCCAGAUGCUGAAGCCCUUCCGGAAAGUACAAAAUAUCUAUGCCAGUGUUAGAUUUUCUAAUCAAGUGGAACAGUGUUAAACUUGGGAAUGCUAGAGCUACCCAGAGACUGUUGGAUAGCAAGAACUUGAGUGAUUGUCCUUAUCCCAGGUUUCCUAGCUCUCUAGGUUAGAACAAGCUUUGGUCUUGAGACUCCCACUAUUACUUCUAGUAGAUACAGCUGUGAAACAUCGUGGAUAUUGGCAAUGUAGACUGUAUCCUGGAGGAACAUAGAAGGGAAGUCCUGGAAAUCCAAACUGAGCACCCAACAUAGUCAUCACAUUUUCCACAUAAUUUUUCAGAUGUUAGGACAUCUUUCCACAUCUAUUGCUGGGCACCACUCCUUCCCCUCCCAUAUUUAUUCUUUAAAUGUUAAGAGGAAAUGAGUCAACUGUACAUGGAAGCCAGCAAGGUAUAUAGGGCCUUUUUUCUUGCCUCUCUUCAGUUACCUAUAUAUCCACUCUGAAUUAGUAUGGGAAGAGUUACCACAGGAUGAUGUGGAUAGAAUAGCUAACUUUAACAUAAUUUAUGAAAAGUGGAGCAGGGAAGCAAUGAUAUGGGAGGAUCUAAACAAAUUAUAUAACAGAAAUAUCACAGUACAUCAAACGGAUCUCAAGUCUAGUAGCGAUAGCCAACCAGUAAAAGCAAAGUCUGGGACAGAAUGCAAAAUACCAGCCCAUGUGCAGUCAUAUUGCAUCUAAAGCAUUAAUUGCUCAACUAUCACAUCCACUUUUCUACUAGGAACAACAGUAACUUAACCAACUGUGUUUUCAUAUUAUGACCAAUAGAUUUUUCCUGCUGAUCAAGAACACUUGAAAAGUGACCAUCUGUGGUCCAUAAUAUCAAGAAAUAUACCAAGAUGUUUUUGCACUGGUCCCACAAAUAUGGAUACAGUACUUAUAUUAUGUAGCUUGUCCUGUCGUUUAGCCUCUAAGGUUAAAGUCUAGAGUGGACCAGUGGCCUCCAACAUGAUGGUCAAGCACUUUGGCUCCUCCAAAAGCCUAUCUCAUAGUGCAUUUCCCUCUGGGAUUUUUUGGACCAAUCUUUAGCAAAAUUUAAGAACAAUUUUUUUCUGGUAGCCGGCCUGAUUAUGAUCACCUCUCCAAGAUCCUCAUACUUUUGUCAAACCUUCAGAUUACUCUCUUGCUCUGAUAUACUGUGUCAGCUUAGAAGGGACAAGCAAAAGUGGUAACAGAGCCAUCCCUCCGGAUAAAUAAUCCAGAAACUUCCAAAGACCCAAAGAUGACAGGGUUAUCGAUAGCGGGGUUGUAGAAACUAAGGAAGACCACAAGAACUUCUCUCAGUCAAUCCUCAUCCAGCUCUAUCUUAGAUCUCACCAUCAUCUGUUCUUAUACUCUACAGCUGGGCAAAGAUUCCUGGAGGCUGGCUCCUGUGUUAAGAUUCAUAGACUGAAUUGGGGGCAGGCAGGGGUGAGCUGUCCAGGAAGUGUCCCAUCCAGUUUCCUUCUUACUGCUGUUCAAGCCUGUUAUGAACCAAUUCAUAUUUGCUGAGCCUAAUAGAUAAAAGAGGCUACCCAGUUGGUAGCCUGCCUCAUGCCCACAAGGGAUGUGUAAUUCACAAAGUCUUCUCAGACCUUAGUGCAGGACAGUCAGCUGUAUUUUUUCAAUGCACUGAUUCCCAGUUUCAUUUUCUUCCUGAGAAUAAACUCCUUGUCACAUCUCCUCAGUCAUCUGUUUUGGACAAUGGGAUAAUCAGGAGGAGGCGGGUCUGAAGCACUAUUGUACAUCCACAGCUUUAAGGGGCCCUAAAGCACUUGGGAGCUCUGCAGCCAAAGCAGUAUGUCUGUUAGCAGCAAGGAAGCAAAGAUGAGAUGGACAAUUCUCUGAGCCCCAUCUGGGAAACUCUUCCAAACCGCAACACACUGUCUGCCCAGAGGACUUGCGUUACCCCCUAGAUUUUGUGCCAACAGCCUCAUGAGGGAAGUCAGUGUGGAAAGUCAGUCAGUCCUUGGGAAGUCAGUCUGGGUAGGUGAGGAGGGGUGUAAAGCAAAGGAGAGAUUAACGGUCUUAACUAGCAGGCCUUUGCAGAAGGAGGCAAUCAGCUGCUGCUCUUGGCCUCAGCACACUGGGCCACUGCCGAGAUCAAGCUCUGUCUCAUUCCCACAUUGGCCAAUGCUUAAAUGCUAUUUGUUGAAACUAAUUCUUUGGGACAGAUUUCAGCUACCUCCCUUCCAGGUUUGAUUUAACUUGGUUGUAACUGUCAAUUUGUUAAAGGUCUUACCUGUGUGGAUUUUUUUUAAAAAAGAAAUAAAUAGAAAAAGACAUGCAAGAAAGAAAAGAACAGGAAGGAAAGCAGUCAUGUUAACGGUUUCAGUGUGCGUGAGUGAGUGUGUGUGUGUGUGUGUGUGUGUCUGUCUCAAUAUGUGUGUGUGUGUGUGUGUCUGUGUGCCUGUGUGAUUUUUUUUCUGGAACUACUUCAAGUGAGAAAAUAAAUAGAAGGAAUUGAAGGUGACAAAGCUGUAAAGACCGAAAUUAAUAGAAGACAAAGUGAUUACAAGGGAAUAAAAUGCAUGAUUAAGACCUAAGAAUAUAAGCCCUAUUUUUCUGCUUCCUUGAAGAGACUAUUCUAUAGACUGAGUAAGUAGAGAUGACAGAGAUUUCUCUAGAAGAUGUAGACUGGGAUUCUGUGGUACUGACUAACAUUUUCUGAAUAUUGUGGUAGGUCCAGGAAGUAAGGCAUUUUCUCCCUUGAGUUGUUGUUAGCUAAUCAUUUGGUUCAUUUCUUUGGUGACUGUCCAUUGUAGAGGGGAUAGGGGAGGGUUUCAUAUUGAUUUUUACCCAAUGUUAAGGAUAUAAACAGUGUCUUUUUGUCCUUUUUACACUAUAAUAUAUGUGUAUUUGCCAGUAUGGCCCUGAGCUUCCUAAAGACUGCACUCAGAACCACACUGCACAGCUCUGUUCUUAAGAAGUUGCUCCAUGACCAGGCAGGUGAUCCCAUUGAAGACUGAGAAAGAAGAUGAACCAAGUAAACAACUAAAUAGAGAACAAAUUUUCUAAAAAUAUCCUUUGUGAUUCAUUCCAUUUUUUUCCCCAAAUUCCUAGUUCUCAUUUCCUCUAUAAAAAUGAUGUAACAAUGAUCAAGAUAGAAGUUUAUGUGUCUGGCACAAAGCUCCAGAAUGCUUGUCUCCAGCCUUGAAUUGACUCAGUGAUCUUGGAUAAGUCAUCAAAUUGUCUUCAUAUUUGCCUCAGUUUCUCUAGCUGAAAAAUGGGGAUACUACUACUUACCUACCUCACAGUGGGAGGAUUGUGAGGCCCUGAGGAUAUGAAAUGGACUGUCCAGUCUGUAGAAGACACAACACAGCCUGAUGCAAAGUUCAUAGGGGUUUCUUCCUUUUUUUUUCUUUUUUCUUUUUUUCAUAAAAUGCACAGGCUCAUUGCCCUUUUCAGAGACAGGGAGUGCUUGAUUGACAUGUAAUGGCACAAAGCUGGAAGGCCUGGAUCACUGUCCACCUUAGUGAGUGUACUGGGGAAUAUUUACUCUUCAGAGAAGUUUCCCCUCUGGUAUUCUGGCCUUUACCAAUCCAGUGAUUUGAUCAAAGUCCAAUGGCUUCCUACAGUGUAAAAGUCAGUCUACUGCCAUCUAGUUAAGAUAUGGGGGGGGUGCAUUUCCAAUUUACAGAGUAAGAGGGUCUGACAUUUCUUUUCCAGAAGAAUCCUCACUUCUCAGACUUAGUUUCCAUAUCACAUGGUUCAUUACAAGUAGAGAUAACGUUCUGAGUGCAAGUUGGGCUUCUUAAACGUCACACCAGCAGCCAGUGAGGAGAACUUUGAACAAUUAUUGAGUUGCUUUCUUGGGUCUCUAUAAUCAAUAACCUGUCUGCAGAUAUCUAUCUAUAUAAAGAUAUUAUAUAUAAAUAAAAAUUUACAUAUAUAUGCACAUGUAUAUAUAGCUGUACAUAUAUGUGUGUAUAUAUAUACUUAAAUGUAAUAUUUACAAAACUGUGAUCUCGUCUAGAGAAAAUGUAUUCAGAUUAAAAACUGCUCUUCCAUAUUUAUGUAUCAUAUUAUACCUUUUUAUUACUGUCAUAAUUAUUGAGGUUAUUUCUACUUAUUAUGAUGUUAGAAUCUGUAUAGCACCUUCUGGAAGCAACCAAAACUAUGACUUUUCAUUGAAGUGUUUAAAAUCUGUUCUCACGAGAAUUCUACUGGUCUACUGUAAAACAAACAAAUAAACAAAACUAAAAAAAAAAAAAUGAAAGAAAGGAAUAAAGAAAGAGAGAGAAAGGAAAGAUUAAAGUAAAGUAAACAGCAAAAACUAAAUACAACCCUAACCUUUUUUCUGUACCUCACGCGCAGAAAUGUGCUGCUCUUGUUUUGGGUUUUAUUUUUCCUGUUCAUGUGUUUUAUGGAUCUAAGUUAAGUCUUUCAGCAAUAUAUAAAAAUGUAAAUAGUUAACUUUAUUUAUUAAGAAUGUCAUCUUUUUUAAUUUAUAUUUACACAAUGGUUCAUCUAAUUUAUUUUUUCUAUACGGUUUUAAAUACUCAAACAUAUUUUUCUGUUCAUGGUAUUUUUUAUGCUCUUCCCAUGGAUUUGUGUUUCCAUACUGUUUUCUCUGGUCUCAAUUACAGGUUAGAUCUGACAUAUACACAUACAUACAAAUAAUGUCAAAGACAAAUAUUUUGCCACUGUUGAUUACUAUACCUUAAAGUUAUAUAUUAUGAAAAUAUAUAAUAGCUUGUCUGCUUCAGCAUGCUGUUGUGUGGUUUUUGACUGUUAUAGAGUCAUAUAGAAUGAUCAUGCGCGUCCUCACACAAACACACUCACAUACACAUGCACACACACCCAUGCAAUAAUAUGAAAGAAAACAUGUGAGCUUAUAAUUUUAAGAAAAAUCAAUGAAAAAAGCAUGAAAUUGAAUUGAAUAUAUAUCCUGAAAAGUACCUAUAUUUUGUACAUGCAAAAACUGGCAAACAUUAUACAUCGUAAUAUAUUUCCAUUCUAUGACACUAAAGCAUAUACCCCUCGUCCUUAGAUACUGCUGUUUGGACUCUGUCUUCAACAAUAUAGUCUGAGAAUAUUUUUAUUUUCAUAACAAACAAAGAAACAAAAACAACAAAAAGGAACACAGUUUGUGUUCUGGAUGUCACACUGUCAUUGCAAUCCCGAAGUCACUACAGAGGUUGAUACUACACAAAUCCUGCAGAAAUCUGGGUCCUUCAAGAUUACAUCAUGGGUCAGGGACUGAGGGGCUGGUUACAAUGCCUCUUGCCCUAAGGAGCUAUUGUCAGUUGAUGGCUGCAAGGGAAGAGAGAUAUCAUUUUCUUCAGUGUUGUAAGAAUUGGCAAGGGGCUUGUGCUCAAAUAAAUAACUCUCUGUCCAAGCUCAUCCAAGCAAACCUAAUGAAAUAAAUGUGAGGACCAACAAUAUCAACAACAACAACAACAAGUGAGAAAACUGACUAGGAAGCAGGGCAUGAGCAGGGCCGGGGAGGGGAGAGAGAGUGAGUAGUAGAUAGAAUCACCACACGAUGCAUAUGUAUAAAGUUUUCAAAAUGAUGCUAUGUGAAAAAUAAUAAAUUGAAAAGAAUGAACACUUAACCACCAGUCCAUCAUGUGAGCCUGCACUGAGACUGAAUAUUGCUGCUUUCUCUCUAGUUAACCAAUUUUCUUGUUCAUCCAUCCCCAGCUAGUAAGUAGCUAUGCAGUCUUUGGAAAGUUGUUAAGUUGUUUUUAAGGUUUUGUUUUACUAUCUGAGAAAUGAAAAUAAAAUAUCAAUUUCAUAA